AUGUGGAGUGCUGACAUGUCUCCUGAUGCUCAGCUCCACACUCCAACCAACCUGCUCAUCCUCUCUCUGUCUGUGUCAGAUCUCCUGGUGGGAUUGAUUGUGAUACCAGUAACGACUGUAGCAUUAAUGGAACCAUGCUGGGUUUUUGGGAAAUAUUUCUGUGUGUUUUAUUUCUACAUCACUUGUUUAUGUACUUCUUUAUCUCUGGGCAGUUUGGUCUUGAUAUCUAUUGAUCGCUAUGUUGCUGUGUGUGAUCCCUUAUUGUACCACUCUAAAAUAACAAUAACAAGAAUGAUGUGUUCUGCCAGAUCACAGGCCAGAAAGGUAUUUUCAAAAGAGGCUGUCAGUGUGUCUGGUGUUAAAACUGUACAGGCAAAUAAGUCUGAGAGAAAAGCAACAAAAACUCUGUCUAUUGUUGUUUUCACCUAUCUAAGUUGUUGGAUUCCAAUUCAAUUUUAUUUAUUUUUUCUUUUAAUUGACAAUGUAUCAUUAUUUAUCAUCAGCUUUCUUCCACUAGUUAAUUCCUUAAUUAAUCCAAUCAUUUAUGCUUUCUUUUAUCCAUGGUUCAAAGUGACAGCUAAACAUAUUUUAACUCGGGUGAAGUUAAGGCGUUCAUAG